AUUCGAAUCGGUGUAGAAGAAAAAGAUCAAAGAGGAAUGGAGAUGGAAGAAGCGAGUCGUGAAAGUGGGCAUGUAGUGUGCGGAUCAUGGAUUCGUCGACCGAAGAAAGUAAACUGGGCCAUCAUCGCCAAAGCUGCAAAACGUCGUGGCUCAGCCUCUCCUGCUCUACUUCACAUCUUCUCUUUCGAUCCCAUCACUACUUCUCUCUCCUCCUCUCCCUUGGCAACACAUCCGCUUAAAGAGAGUGAUGGUGAUCCUGUGGCAAUCUCAGUGCAUCCUGGUGGAGACUAUUUUGUUUGCUCAACCUCCAAAGGUGGUUGCAAGUUGUUUGAGAUUGUCGAAGGAGCAACAACAGGAGGUAUUACGAUCUUAGCCAAAGAACUCCCUCCUCUAGAAAAUGCUGGACUACAAAAGUGUAUGGCCUUCAGCUUUGAUGGCUCUAAGUUAGCUGUUGGGGGAGUGGAUGGAUGUCUCAGAAUUAUGCAGUGGCCAAGCCUAAGUGUAAUUUUGGAUGAGCCUAAGGCACACAAAUCCAUCCGUGAUAUGGAUUUCAGUCUGGACUCAGAGUACUUAGCCACAACAUCAACAGAUGGAUCAGCUAGAAUAUGGAAAGCAGAAGAUGGUUUCCCUUUGUUUACUUUGGAACGUUGUGGGGAUGAAAAUAUUGAACUGUGCCGGUUCUCUAAAGAUGGAACAAAACCUUUUCUGUUCUGUGCUGCUCAGAGAGGUGAUAUUCCCGUGGUGAAUGUUUAUGACAUUAGUACAUGGAAGAAACUUGGGUUCAAGAAGCUGUCAAGGAAGAGUGCAUCUACAAUGGCAGUCAGCUUGGAUGGAAAAUAUAUUGCUUUGGGUGGCAAAGAUGGGGAUAUAUCUGUUGCUGAAGUGAAGACAAUGGAGAUAUACCACUACAGUAAGAGGCUGCAUCUUGGUCAAACCAUUGUUUCACUUGAGUUUUGCCCUAGUGAAAGGGUAAUGCUGACAACAUCGAGUGAAUGGGGUGAGAUGGUGACAAAACUCACUGUACCAAAGGAGUGGAAAGAAUGGCAGAUAUAUGCAUUGUUGUUUUGCUUGUUCAUGGCGUCAGUGAUACUUGCGUACGUGUUCUUCGAGAACUCGGAUUCGUUUUGGAAGUUACCAAUGGGGAAAGAUCAAAGAAGACCAAAAUUUAGUCUUUUUGGAGAUUCAUCCACACCUACUGAGGAUCAUAAUAGGUGGAACUUGGACCUAUAGAUAAACGAUUUUAUGUAAAUCCAGCUAACCUUUUCUGUUAGCUAGCUAGGGACGGUCCAAUGGGUGAUCUACGCUAAGUUAUUACUUUCUAAAUCUAAAGAAAAGUAUAUUCAAAAGGAAAAGUUGAUGCAUAAGCAAAAGUUUUUUAUUUGUUUUAUAAAAAAGAUGAACAGAAGAUUGGAAAUUAGUUUUUUUUUUUCUUUGAGUUUCUGUAGUUGUUGUGAUAUACUCACUCCUUUCAUAUUAAGUGUGUCAUUGUAUCAAAGACUUUAUUCCAAAAAUAAAUGUCAUUUUCGACG